AUGUGUGGACCGACUGGCAUCGGUGUGUUAUACGGUAAGUUGGAACUGCUUGAAGAGAUGCCUCCGUUCCUCGGUGGUGGUUCGAUGAUUCGGAGUGUAGAGCGCGAUGUAUCAAGUUACGCGGAACUCCCAGCGAAAUUUGAGGCGGGGACUCCAAGCAUCGCUGAAGCGAUCGGACUUGGGCACGCCGUGGACUACAUCACACAAGCCAAUUUAGCAGCAAUUCAUGUUCAUGAACAAGAACUCUUAAAAUAUGCACAUCAACGCUUAAAAGAAAUCGAAGGUAUUACCCUCUACGGACCGUCUGCUCCACAUCAAAAAACGGGUGUAAUCUCUUUUAAUAUGGAGGGCAUCCAUCCGCAUGACGUGGCAGGAGUUUUGGAUACACACGGUGUCGCUAUCCGUGCAGGACAUCACUGCGCACAACUACUCAUGAAGCGGUUAGAUGUUAUUGCCACCGCCCGUGCCAGUUUUUACCUCUAUAAUACAGUUGAAGACGUAGACCGGUUGUAUGAAGGGUUGUGUAGAACGCAAAAACUCAUGACUCGGAGAAAACAAUGA